CCUCCCGACAACGAGCCGCGGCGGCCGCCGCCGGCGAUGGAUCCGGCCGCCGAUCCGAUGGCCGCGUCGGCCCCAUUCCCCACCAUCCCGGCCGUCGCGAGCCCCAGGCACCCCCGCGCCGCCAAGCCGCGACGGCAGGCGGCGCCCUUCCGGUCGUCGGACCACCCCGUUGCCGCGUCCUCCUCCUCCUCGAGCCGCCGCCUCGGCGCCGAUCUCCCGUUCGGACACGGACUGCGGCGAGGCGCAGUCUCCGGAUACGCGCGGGCUGCGGGAUCGCGCGCUCCCUCGGGCCUCGUCGUCAUCGGCGGCGGGGACACCGCGUCCAGCACCGUCGACGUGGACGGGUGUUCGCCGCCGGCGAGCUCAUGGAGCUCGUCGAGCGAGUCUAGCUUCGUGUUUGGGGCGUCGGAUAUGAGGAGGAGCUUCUCGUUUGGAUCCGGCACGGCCUCGUCGUCGUCUAGCUUCUCAGCAAUAGUGGGGGAGCUCACCUUAGAUGAUCCCGGCAGCAGGCAAGGCGAUGCUGAUGUUUCUAGGGGAAAUGGCUCAGCGCCGGAGAUGAACAUGCAUCCGGUUUUGAGCCCGUGUAUUGAGCUUGGGCGGCGUGGUGAAGGGCUUGGAGUCCCUUCUGAAGCAAUGGGAUGUGAGAGUACAGAGAGUAGCUGCUCAUUAGUUGGUCAAGUGGUUCGUCCAUCUCUUUGUUCUGGACAAAAUUUUACUACCGAAUUUGGAAAGGAUGGGGAUCACUUGUCUGCCGAAGAUUGUGCUGGUCAAGUCAGCUUCAGAAAGGAUUCAGGCAAAAUUUCUGCAGAUGGUGAUGAUAGCAAGGAGAAUAAGUUUGCCUUUGUUUUUGGUGAGAAUGCUGAGGAAAGGGGGUUCACUACAAAGAUAUCAGAAACUGAAAUUAAGAAGGGGGAAAAUAAUGUAGCAUUUGGUUCUGAUCGGCAUGAUGCCUCAGUUGCCAAAGGUAAUGGAUGUACUGAGUCCAGUUUGAAGGGUGCAAAGCAUGCGUGUGGUUCAAGUAUGAGGGAUCGUUAUGGAGUUUCCCCUACAGAAAAAGCUUCAAGUGUUUCACCUUUUGGCGUUGAAGCUCAAGAUGGUAGUGCAAAGGUUUCUUCCACAAAGAUGUCUACUGAAAGACAAAGCACUGGAAUACAAGUGUCAGAACUUGGAGAUUUAGGGUUGUUUGAUGAGCAAUCCUUUGCUGUACGUGACCACAAUGCAGCAUCAAGAGAAUAUGGUGGGGUUAAGGGUGUGAGCAUGAAUAAAAGAACAGUUAAACAAGAGUUCUCAACUCAGCAAGUACUGCAGCCACUCUUUACAAACGAUCAGAAAGCAGCUCCAGGAGUAAAAGUGCAUUUGAAGGAAGCCACUAACUUCAGACGAGAGGACUCUGAUACCAGUAAAGGAAACUCUGGCACAAAGGAAGAAGAUGCUAACUGCUUUAGUCUGCAAGAAAAAGAGAGUAACCAUGAUAGAACAGUUUUUACUUCCAUGACAAACUUGGAAAGUUCUAGUCAAUCUGAUUUCAUAUUUGCGGCAUCAACUUUUGAUCAGAGCAUAUUGCAGUCACAAAGACGACAUAACAAGAAAAAAAUGGGAGUAAUGAGUAAUCAUGCUAAUUCUAUCCAAAGCCACCCAACAUCUGCCAUUAGUCUAGCUCACUCAGAAAUCUUAAGGCAGCAAUACACAGAAUUACCUGCUCAAUGGACCAAAUACAACAAAACAGAUCCUAAAACAGUUAAAAUGAGUACAGGACCAGCAUUUAAGGAAAACCUUGAACAUCAUGAAGACUGUGAAACAUGGCGUAUAAGGGGAAACCAAGCAUAUGCUGAAGGCCUGUUAGCUAAGGCCGAGGAGUGCUAUACCCAUGGAAUUAAUUCUGUUUCCUUGAAUGAAGCUUCUUGGAAAUCAUUGAUGCUGUGCUACAGCAAUCGUGCAGCUACUCGGAUGUCUCUUGGUAGGAUGAGAGAGGCCCUUGCUGAUUGUCGAAAAGCCACUGAUAUUGAUUCCAGCUUUCUGAAGGCUCAAGUCAGAGCUGCCAAUUGCCUACUUGCUCUGGGGGAUGUUGAAGAAGCACAGAAAGGUUUUGAAAUAUGUUUGAAGUCCAGUCAUGCAGAAAGCCUGGAUAGUAAAAUCAUGGAAGAGGCUUCUGAUGGCAUAAAAAAAGCUCAGAAAGUAUCUACUUUUGUACUCCUAUCCAAGGAAUAUCUUGUAAAAAAGGAAUUUGACAAGAUACCCAGUGCCUUACAAAUGAUCUCUGAUGCUUUGUCCAUAAGUACUUGUUCAGAUAAUUUGAUGAUGAUGAAAGCAGAAGCUUUGUUACUGUUACAGCGAUAUGAAGAAGUAAUCCGGUUUUGUGAGGAAACUCUACAUUUGGCAGCGGAAAAUAGUCUUUCUCUGUGUCAGCAUUCGAAAAUCAUCGACUUUGACAAUUGCAGUAGCUCUGUGAAAUUGUGGCGUUAUUAUAUUAUAGCGAAGUCCUAUUUUUUCAUAGGAAAACUUGAAGAGGCUCAUCAGUUUCUAAAGAAGCACAGGCAGGAAGCUCUUGUAGAAUGCAGGUAUGGGAAGAAAUCUCAGCAAUCAAUUUCAUCAUUCUUCACCGCAAUCUGUGAACUACUCAGCCUAAAAGCUGCUGGGAACGAAGCAUUUCAAGCUGGUAAAUAUUCAGAGGCUGUGGAGCAUUACACCACUGCUUUGUUAAGCAAUACAGAGUCACUUCGUUUUUCAGCAAUCUGCUUUGCAAAUCGCGCAGCUGCGUACCAGGCAAUGGGCCAAAUUUUAGAUGCAAUAGCAGAUUGCUCGUUAGCUAUAGCCGUUGACUCCAAUUAUGCUAAGGCUAUUUCUAGAAGAGCUGGUCUGUAUGAACUUAUAAGGGACUAUGAUCAGGCGAGGAAUGAUCUUCAUAGGUUAAUUUCUCUUCUUGAGAGACAACUUGAAGAAAAUAUGGCCAUGCUUUCAGAAAAAUCAGAUGGUAUUCGUAGCAGUCUGAACCGAGCCAAUCUUAGGCUUUCUGCUUUGGAGCAGGACGCCAAGAAGGGGAUCUCAUUAAAUAUUUAUUUAAUACUAGGAAUCGAACCAUCUUGCACUUAUGUGGAUAUAAAGAAGGCAUACCGCAAAGCAGCACUAAGGCAUCAUCCAGACAAAGCUGGUAAUUUUCUUGUGAGAAGUGAAAAUAUUGACGACACAGUAUGGAGAAGAAUCACUAAUGAGAUCCGCAAAGAUGCUGACUAUUUAUUCAAACUAAUUGGGAAAGCAUAUGCUAUACUUUCGGACACUACAAUGAAGAGCAAAUGAUAGAUGCUGAAUCUUUAUUUUCUGUGGGGAUGUAUACAGAAACUUUGAUGUAGCACAAACAAUGCACAAGUAUUACAGCAGUGGUCAGAGCAAUCAAAACAAUGACAAGACCUUCCAAAGUUUGGAGAAAUCAUGAGGUGGUACAGUGAAGAAACACAAAUGCACAAUGGAUCAGUCCUACGUUUUUUUACUUUUAAAGGCUAGGUCCGACGUGAAAAGUUGGUUUCUGUUGCGCAAGAAUCAGGAUGCCCGUGAGUCAUGACUAAUCAACUGAUGUCAGAGUUUUAUUGUGCCCCAGGUCCCAGAUUUCCUCCCAUGCUUGCUGUCUGCAUGAAUGGACGCCUUUACUCUGAAAAGUUGUCCAUCUUGGUGUUCAUACCCAAUCAAUACUGUCUGUUUUCAGGAAAAGAAAGCCUAACCACUGAUGUCAGAGUUUGCUGAAUGUCAGAAAAGAAGCGCAACUGUUUUCAGGUUUGCGCCUUGGUGUGCAGAGUUUUUGUUGUAUGCCAGUAUGACCUCUCUCACAGCCAAAAGAAAGAUGUGCAUAGAUCCAAUGGUAUGUAUAGUUCUUCAAGCAGUUGUAAAUGGAAUCAGGAACACUGUAAAUACGGGUAUUUCCCGUUUACACGAGCGUGGCAGAGGUGAUUUGUUUGAUAUGUUGAUUGUAAGCUGUGGUUUUGUAACACGGAGUGGGCAUGAUCGUUUUAUUUUUUUUUACAAACUUUUAAGCUGCCCUCAAUGCGGUUUUGUGUGAAACUGAACCAGUGAAUGAUUCUUU